UUUUAUAAUUAUUAAAUAAGUAAUAUUAAGAUUUUUUAGUAAGAAAAUAGAAAUAUUUUUUUUUUAUUUAUAUACUCGUAAGUUUUUAGUUCCUGUAAUCGUAAGCAAAAACAAAAUAUAGGUCGUAUGGAUCUAAACAAUGUCAGAGAAAUAUGAACGAAGCAAAAUGAAAUUUCGUAGCUGCAGUUUAUAAAUUAGGUCCUAGGUUAUUUAUGUCCAUAAUGAAUUUAUAACUACAAAGAAAUUCAAAGAUAAGCAGGUUGCUUGAUGAUAUUUUUCUUUACCGUUAGAAAAUCAGGUGAAUUACACAAAUGAAAUUCGAAAACUGAAAAAAUAUAACGGGCUUCGAAACCAGGACUUGCAGAUUAUAGUGCUUAGCCCCUGAGCCACUGUUGUUUUAAAUAUAUCUAAAUACAAUUCUAAUCAGAACUAUUUAAGUGCACUACGAUUUCCUGUUUGUUUAUCGCAAUUUGGAUUGCUUUGUAUAUUGAUAACAAUUAUCUGAAAACUUUCCAUUAUGGCGUAGGCAGAAAAAUAGAAAGAACAGUAAUUAGAUUUCCGCAAUGUGAAGAACUCUUCACGUUAAGAAUAAACUUCUGAAGGUAAAUUUUACUAUAGUAAAAUUUGUAGAAAAAUCCUGAUGAAAUUUUUUAUAGUAGAUAGGGGAAGGUAAUAUCGUAACAGAUACGACAGUGAAACCACACCAAAGUAUAGAAACACGCAAGACAUGCAUUGUAAUUUACGCUAGUACUAUAAAUUAUUUUUGACUUACGGCCAAUUAUUGAAACGGAUCUAAAUACUUCGUAUCGUAAGCGCCGAUUCCACUGAUAGAUUACAAAAUUUGUAAGUAAUUGGAGUUUAAGCUUUCGGCUGUUACAUAUUUAACUAACGUCUCAAGAUUCGGAAGUGUUGCAAAAGUACCAAUGAUGUAAACAUUUUUGUUAAGUUUGAUGUAUUUUGUGUGUAAAUUUGUUAACUUGAAAGGGCGUAAAAAUUAAAGACAAAGUGAAACAUAAUGUUUGGAAAUGAAAAAAUCUAAUGUGUAUUAUUUGUUUAUCUUCAUAUUUUAAUAGCCGUUGCUCGCGACUUCGUCCGCGAGUAAUUUAAAAAGUGACAAAAAAGAAAGCUUACGUUACUCGGCAUUAACGUAGCUUAUAAUAGGUGAAAGAAUUGUUGAAAUCGGCAAAGUAGUUUUUGAGUUAUUUCAAUACAUACAAAAAUCCAAAAGCACAAAUCUUUUCUCUUUAUAACACUAGUAUGGAUAUAGAUAUUUUAGUUGUACAUAAUGUGUAUUGAUUGUACUGAAAUUCGUUUAAAACUUGGUAACGCGUUUUAUGCAUAUUUAUUUUGCACUUCCUCAGUUCACCAUAGAACUAAGUACGUCAUGUUUAUAAUGGCCUUGACUGAGAAACAGUACGCAAGCGGCCGCCGCCCAAUUCGACCGACUUUGCAUCACUCGCGUUGUGGUCAUUUUUAGUACUAACGAAAAGGUUUUUUCUUACAUAAAUCAAUUCACAAUAUUACUAUUAAAUUCUAAAUAUUGUUAAAAAUAUUAUCGUUACGUAAAAAGACUGUGAUAUGUGCAUUUCAAGACAUUUUCCAAUAUCAUGUUGCGGUGUGUUUUUGGCGGACAAAACGCGCAUGUGCGGAAUAACUCGACGAAUUUAAAGAGCUCGAAGACCUAAUGUUAGCACAAUUUACGCAACGGCCAUUGUUUUUGUUUGGAUUAUAAAGUGACACGAAGUAUACGGCAGAUAUAACUAGCAUCAGGUUUGGUUGUCCAAUGCACGUAAAAAUAUUUGAGUAUUUAAAAUGUUUGGACAUGUCAUUGCAGAUAUGUCUUUAUUUAUUCCGCUACGAUUUCGUUUCUCAUCUAUUUUGAUCCAGACAACUACCAUCAAAGUCUUCCUUUUAAUAAUCUCGAUAAGUUUUAUCAUCUCUAUAUGUUUUAUUCAAUCAACAAGCAAAGAUUAUGUAUCGAUUAAUGAACAUUCUAUACAAGAGGCGCUCGACAAUGUUGCUAAAGAUUUAAGAUACGUGGACGUAUUUAGAAAGAAGGAUCGUCUCCCCAAAGGUCUUAAAUUUAUAUUAUUAUGGACACCAAAAGAUUUUGCACCGUUCUAUAACUUUGGUGAAGGACAACGUGCGUUUAUUAAAAAUAAUUGUUCCAUAAUCAACUGUUAUGUUACGGAUGACAAGUACUUCUUCGAUGGUGAUGUAACAAAAUUUGAUGCCAUUGCUUUCAACGGUCGGAAUUUCAAAACUUUAUCAAAAUAUCACAUACCAAAGAAACGAUCACCGCAUCAGAAAUAUAUUUAUUUCAACACAGAGUCGUCUGACUAUUAUCCAGUUUGCAGUGAUAUGUUUGAUGGGUUUUUCAACUGGACAGCGACGUAUAAAUUGAAUUCUGAUAUUUUGUUCACAUAUGUACAAAUAAGAAAUCGAAGUGGAGAAAUUGUUGGACCGAAGAGGAACAUGGAAUGGGUGAAAAAUUUGUCAUUUAAAAAUGAUUUUUCAAUAGUACAAAAUAAAAGUAAAGCAGCUGCUUGGCUUGUGUCUAAUUGUAAUAGUAGGAGUAAAAGGGGGGAUGUUGUGACACACAUACAAAAGUAUCUCCAAAAUUAUGGAUUAACUAUAGAUAUAUAUGGAUACUGUGGUUCGUAUAAAUGCCUCGAUGAUGAUAAGGAAAGUUGUGCCACUAUGUUAGGGCGGAAAUAUUACUUUUAUUUGUCUUUAGAGAAUUCUUUUGCAGAAGAUUAUGUAACUGAGAAACUUUUAACAGCAUUAAAACAUAACAUGAUACCCAUAGUAUACGGUGGUGCGAAUUAUUCAAGAUUUCUGCCGCCGAACUCCUAUUUGGAUAUCUUGAAGAUGAGACCGAGAGAGUUGGCUGAUACGAUAGCGCAAUUAAUGAUUUCACCAGAGCACUACGUUAAAUAUUUCUCAUGGAAAUCUCAAUACGAGUACGUAGAUCCGUUAAGAACGGACAACGUGUGCGCAGUGUGUGCAGCACUUAAUAAUAAAACUAUGAUGGAAAAACGAAUGGUUUAUAAAAAUUUCAGGGCUUGGUGGAACCCAGUUUAUAGAGAUCGGUGUUGAAGUAUAUUUUUUAAAGUUGUACCACGUGCUAUAUUUUUUAAAAUAAGAUUUUGUGAUUUUUCUACGAAUGUUAAUGUAAACCAAAGAUAGAAAUAACCAUGUGUUAUGUUUUAUACAUUAUAUAACUAUUGUUAUUUAUUGCUAAGCAAGAGUAUUCUGUGUUUUAAGUAUUUAUAAAGUUUUUUAUUUUAGUACUUUUGCACAAGAUUUAAUUUUCUCCACUGCCGUCCAAAAUCCAUAGUGGUGCUAAAAUAAAAAUAUUGGGUUUUUUAAUGUAAAGAUUAUAUUAAAGACUUUGUUUUUCUAUGUAUUCAGAAUGUUUAUUGGAAGAAUAGUCUAAAAAAUUACUCGGAGGGGAAUUACAGAGAUUUUAUACAUCUUUUAUGAUGGUUAAAUUGGAUAAAUCAAUUGUUGACAUUAGAUGUGUUGCUCGCCUAUUUAAAUAUAAAUUUAAACAAUUGACAACCAAAGUUAUGUUACCAAAGUUAGUUUAUUCCAAUGAAAACUUUCUGCAAAUCUAUAGUAGUUCGUUUCAUCAUGAACUCAUCCUUUUCCCUAUAGAGUGUACUCUUCUACACAUCUCUAUCAGCUGUCAACUGAAUUACUUUCUUAUGCAUAUCCUUAUUUACGUAUUCAUCUUCGGUCAUCCACUUUUAGCCCACAUUCAAGGUUCCUUCCUUGUUUAUAUGAACAUCUUUGCUUACGUACGAUAACCUUUUCCUUCACAAUUUCUCCAUCAGAGACGCUACUUCUAAUUUCUUAUUUAACUUUUUUAAAUAAUAUAAGGUGGCAAACGAGCAAACGGUCACCGAAUCCACUGCAAUGGAA